GCUCGAGCUGGGGUUCUUCUCAGUGGCGUCCGAGCGGCGCGAGCGGUUUGUAGCAUACCGAGAGAAGGAGAAAUAAAACACACACCAUGUGUACACUCUGCUCACGAGACACGAUCUCACACGCUGUCGUUACUCACGCGCGCGCACGCAGGAGAUGACUUAAGAGACCGCGAGCAUCCGCGCCGUGCACGCUGGAACACUGACUUUCAUUUAAUUUUAUUUUUUUUACCUCUGGGAAAUAGAAAAACUGAAGAUUGGUCAUCCUCAUCCUCAUCCUCAGGAUUGUGUAUGUGUUUUUUCUGUGUCUUUAAUAAGGAUGUUAUAACGGAGACGCGCGUGGAAACAAAGCUCGGUUGCUAUGGAGAAAAAUUGCGCGUGAAGGAGACAGAACUUUGAAUAAGUUGUCGCGUGCGGUGUUUUGACAUUGCAGAGGACGCGCGCUGUUUUUUGUGUCGUUUGUCUGGUUUUGAGUAAUUUUGAAGGACAUCAUGAUGGUGGCGGUGAUUGAGCGCCGUUUCGUGGCGGCGAUGUACGUGCUGUUCGUGUCGCUCGUGCUGCACACGGAGGAGGGCACGUGCCAGCACUUUUACCUGCUCCGGCCGGUGCCGAGCGACAGCCUGCCUCUCGUGGAGCUCAAAGAGGACCCGGAUCCCGCACUGGACCCGCGCGAGCGCGACCUGAACGAGACCGAGCUGCGGAGCGUGCUGGGCGGCGACUUGGACUCGCGCUUCCUGUCAGUGACGCCGCCGCCGAAGGAGCGCGAGGAAGACGAGCACACGGACAGCUCGUUCCCCGAUGGCCCCAUGCCCGCCCACAUCCGCGCGCUGGACCUCGACACACCGCCGUUCGUCGUGGCGGGCGCGCGCCGCCGCAAAGCAGGCCGCAAGCUCAAACGGCGGUUGCAGAUGUGGCUGUGGGCGCGCUCGGCGUGUCCGGUGUCCUACACGUGGACAGACCUCGGCAGCCGCUUCUGGCCGCGCUACGCACGCGUGGGCAGCUGCCGCAACGAGCGCUCGUGCUCCGUGCCCGAGGGCAUGAUGUGCACGCCCGCGGGGUCCUCGCGCGUCACGCUCUUGCGCUGGAGAUGUGCGCGCCGGAGAGGCAACCUCAAAUGCGCGUGGAUCCCAGUGCAAUACCCCAUCAUCACACAGUGCAAAUGCGCGUGCUCGAACUGAAACCCCAUCUUGCUCAACGUUUUAACUUAUAAAUUACUUUAUAAUAGUUAUAAAAGUUUCUAUUUUGUAUAAUGUUUAUAUAUUUUCUAUUUUUUAAUUGGUUGUUAUGCACUAUGAAGUGUAAGAAUGUAUUUCCUCGUGUUUAUGUAUAUGUUGUGCCAUGUAAAGAUGAUAGACAGUAUUAUGUGUAACCCAGAGUCUACUGUAUUUGUGAAGAAUAAAAUGUUUAUGAGUUACAUUAUUAUUAUUUUUAUUUUUAUUAUUAUUUGUUGUAUUUAUGUCGCUGAGAAUGAAGCGAGGGAGCGCGUGCGCAAACGCUGGACUCACGUGUAAUGAUUUAACUUUAUCUUUCUUUUUUUUUUUAAAUGUCUCACAGCUGAGGUACAUGUCAUCCUGUAAAUUAAGAGCAAUUGCUAUUUAUUCUUUAUAUUCAUAGCCUAUAAAGUACCUGUAAAAUAAAAGUGACAUA